AACAAACGUUUAUAUAGUAAACAACAAACAACAAGUAAAUCAUGUGUCACUCAAGCCGAUUACCCAGCCCUGCUGAAUUCUGAUUGGACAAGAUUGUCUGCUCAGGUUUGUCAUAAGGUCACUCUGAGUCAGAGGUCGCCAGUUUACGAGAGUAUAUAAACCUCACUCGAUGAAAAUAACAACAGCACAAUACGUUGAUCUGAUAUUGUAGAAACUUACAUGUAACAUAUAUUGUUCAGUAUGAAAAUGGUAUUAGGAAUGCAGCAAACUUGUUCAGGGAUUCCUAUCAAGCGUAGAGAUGAAGGACUGGAGGUAAAGGCGGGAAACCUGUUUCUGGUCCAGUCACACCAGGGGAAGGCCGUGAGGGUACCGGUACAUGUCCGGGUGUAUCAGAGCUGUUUUGAACAUUAUGCCAUUGUUAGUAGGGAUUGUAAAUUCGCAAACAAAGGCAUCUUUGUGAACCUGAAGAAUUCCACCGUGUUGAGAACGGACUCUUGUGAAAAAGAAUUUAUUAUGGUACCUGAUAAUGUGGAGGGAACGAGCUACACAUUUCAGGCGGGAAACGCCACGGAAGCCGAAGAUUGGACGGAGGUCCUCAGGUCGAGCGUUUCUCAGAUUUCCCCCUCAUCUGGGCACCCAUCUCCUUCAAUGUCGCCCGUGAUUCCCCGCCUACCGUUGAUGCCCACUCUUCCUGAGGAGGAAGAGACUUGACCUCGCGCGACCUCUCCCGGAGUCUUGUCUCCUUGUUUACAUGCCGUGUGCAAACUCCUUGUCAACAUGUUUACGGAAUGGCAUGAAACUGUCUUCUAUUGACAAUAUUUAUUGUCUGCAGUCAUUCUCGUAUCGAUUUGAUGAAGUGAUCCUCUGAUAUAAGCUGAUACUCGUCAAUGGCGGGAACAGACCGCCCGAAUUGACUCUCACCAGCUACAGUCUGUCCAGUACGACAUCCAAUGCGAAAUCCGGACCCCGUGUUCAUUAUGAACACUAUUAACUUCAAUGUGAGAAGCUAACGCUGUGAUUUAUUUAUUGUUUUGUUACAGUAGAAAUUUAUUUGUGUGUUUUGUGCAGUGCAUGUUCAUUUUGAGAACGUGAUAUGUACAGCAUUUUGUUUUUAAUUAAAAUGUGAGAAUGUU